AUGCUACUCAAACCGUUGUCGCUAUUGUCGCUCCCCGCCGCGGCCCUCUCUCUCGUCAUACUUCCCGAAGCCGCGGUCUUCUCUAAGCCACACGAACUUCACGAUUCCUCCGAUUCGUAUCAAUCUCCAUGUGAUAUCCUCAAGGCGUUGCCACAGAGGCCAAUCCGUCAUGUCGACGCCGACACCACAAGGCCGUUGCCACAGCUCGACGAUUUGGGGGAGGCAGCACCGGAAUUGAGGGUUUCUGGAAGACAUUUCAGAGUUUCUUCAGUUGAGGAUCAAAUGGUCAAAAUAACCAGACUUUCUCCGGGGUCAGAUUCCCAUCAACGAGAACAAGAGACUUCUGACGAACAGCCUCUUCCUGUUGUUAUCUGGCAUGGCCUAGGUGAUUCGGCCGAUAGAGCAGGAUUAAAAGAAGUGGCCGAGUUGGUCAACGACGUCCAUCCCGGCACAUACACAUAUAUCAUAUCGGUGGCCGAGUCACCAGGCUCCGCGGACCGACAAGCCUCGUUCUUUGGCAAUGUCACUUCGCAAAUCGAAACCGUCUGUCACUUGCUGGCCAAGGACAACAUCCUCCGCACGGCCCCGGCCAUCGAUGCCAUCGGGUUUAGUCAAGGUGGACAGUUUCUCCGAGGAUACGUGCAAAGAUGCGGCAAUUGGGCUCCCAAGGUGCGGUCUUUGAUCACUUUUGGCAGCCAACAUAACGGCAUUGCCGAGUUUCAGAAAUGCAACGGUGCCACGGACUGGAUUUGUCAAGGCGCCAAUGCACUGUUGAAGAGCAACACGGUUUGGUCCGAUUUUAUCCAGUCCAGACUCGUGCCGGCCCAGUACUAUCGCGAUCUGAACGAUUAUGAGAAUUACCUCAAGCACUCGAAUUUCCUGGCAGACAUCAACAACGAACGAGAACUCAAGAACGUCACGUACGCCCAAAACUUGGCCGAACUGGAGAAAUUUGUCAUGAUUGUGUUCCGCGACGACCAGACUGUCAUUCCAAAGGAUAGUGGCUGGUUCGACGAGGUCAAUAUGACUUCCAACUCGGUCACCAAGUUGCGAGAUAGGCCCCUGUACAAGGAAGAUUGGAUAGGAUUGAAGAAAUUGGAUGAGAAGGGUGGUUUGGAUUUUGUCGCACUUGAUGGUGAACAUAUGCAGUUGGUCGACAAGGAUCUGAAGAGGUUGUUUGAUACCUAUUUUGGCCCUGCUGGAAAGCGAUUUGACGGUACGGAGGAAGGGCGGUGGAAGCUUGAGUUGUAG